AAACUUUAUCACUUGUUCCACCAAUGCAACAGGCUGGCCAACAAACUCAGGCUUUAAACACCCCUAGCCACACUCAGCAAUCCUCUGACUGGCAAGAGCAUACAUCUGCUGAUGGGAGAAGAUAUUACUAUAACAAACAGACUAAACAAUCUAGCUGGGAAAAACCUCUGGAGUUGAUGACGCCAAUGGAGAGGGCUGAUGCAUCAACUGUCUGGAAGGAAUUUUCAACACCAGAGGGAAGAAAGUAUUAUUACAACAAGAUUACAAAGCAGUCCAAAUGGUCAAUGCCUGAGGAAUUGAAGUUAGCUCGGGAACAGGCUCAACUUGCAGUUAGCCAAGGAACCCAAUCAGAAACUGGAGCAACUUCUCAAGCUCCGGAUGCUGUUGCUGUAUCUUUGACUGAAACGCCUGCAACAGUUUCUGUUGUCUCUAGCACUCCCUCAAUUGCACCUGGAGUGGCUCAAAGUCCUGCUUCUGUUCCACCUGCUGUUGCUAAUCCUGUCCAAGUGGCACUCCCUGGGUCUGUGCCACAAUCUGCUGCAACAAGUGCAAUUGGAGUUCUGCCCCCUGUGGUGACUGUAACUCCUUUGCCGAGUGCAGUUGCAACUGUUAAUGCCAGCACAACAAUGAUGAGUGGCUUUAACAAUUUAACAUUCCAGACUGCUCUGAAUACUGUAGAUGCAGCUUCUACUCAAGACAUUGAGGAAGCAAGAAAGGGAAUGGCCGUAGCUGGAAAAGUUAAUGUGACGCCUCUAGAAGAUAAAACAAAUGAUGAUGAGCCAUUAGUUUAUGCCAGUAAACAGGAGGCGAAAGUUGCAUUCAAAGCUCUUUUGGAAUCUGCAAAUGUCCAGUCUGAUUGGACAUGGGAGCAGACAAUGAGAGAGAUUAUUAAUGACAAGCGAUAUGGUGCUUUGAGGACUCUUGGGGAGCGGAAGCAAGCAUUUAAUGAGUAUUUGGGUCAAAGAAGAAAACUCGAGGCCGAGGAAAGGCGAAUGAGACAGAAAAAGGCUCGGGAAGAGUUCACAAAAAUGCUUGAGGAGUCAAAGGAACUGACUUCAACCAUGAAAUGGAGCAAAGCUGUAAGUUUGUUCGAAAAUGAUGAACGUUUCAAAGCUGUUGAACGCGUGAGAGACCGCGAAGAUCUCUUUGAUAACUACAUUGUGGAGCUAGAGAGGAAGGAGAGAGAAAAGGCUGUGGAGGACCAUCGGCGAAAUAUAGCAGAAUAUCGGAAAUUUUUAGAAUCCUGUGACUUCAUCAAGGUAAAUAGCCAGUGGCGGAAAGUACAAGAUCGAUUGGAGGAUGAUGAAAGAUGUUCACGUCUUGAGAAGAUUGACCGCUUGAUUGGUUUUGAGGAUUACAUACAUGACCUGGAGAAGGAAGAAGAGGAACAAAAGAAGGUUCAGAAGGAACAAUUGAGGCGGGCUGAGAGGAAAAAUCGUGAUGCAUUUCGCAAACUCAUGGAAGAACAUGUUAAUGCUGGCAACUUUACAGCUAAAACUCACUGGCGAGAUUAUUGUUUGAAGGUCAAGGAUUUGCCUCAGUAUCAAGCUGUUGUGUCAAACACAGGUGGCUCGACACCGAGGGAAUUGUUCGAGGAUUUGGCUGAAGAAUUAGAGAAGCAGGUUUCCACCAUUUAUUUGUUAUUUUUUGAUUUGGGUUUUGCCAGACUACUUCUAGUGUGCUUCUUUUGCAAAGUUUGCAUAAACAUGGAAACAGUGGACAACGCCUUUACUCUAUUGUUCAGUCCUAAUGAUCUACUUUUUCUUAGUUUUUUGUUUAGUCCUUUGAUUUCUGGCCAAGGUGGUUUGA